AUCGCUGAGAUUGUGAUUGAGAUUUUUUCUUUGUGUCCGUCUGCGUAGAAUUAUAAGGACCCGUGUGCACAACUGCUUAAUUAGGUGAGUCUGUGUAUUCUGCAGCCAGUGAGGUGGUUUCUCCUCCUUUGUACAAAAACAUGUUAUUUGUCGGCAUCGUAUUCAUUAACGUCUAUAUGUGAUCUAAUCUAAACGUGAACUCAUCUUUAAAACAUAAAGUACAUUGUACUGUUAAUUUAUCAACACACACUUUAAAGAGUUUAACCGUUGUGACAACUCAAUUAAAAGCUCUACUUCUGACAAUAGAACCAGACUUCAACGCACUCUGAUUGUCAUCUGACGCGUUUGAACCUCCUCCGCUAGUGCAGGCUCUCAAAACAACAAGGGAACUCACUCGUUCAUCCACACUUCCCGUACGAGCCGCGAAACAUUACAACACAUCUGCGCCGCGUGAUGACAUCGCCGCCUUGAUGUAGUUCACGUCGGUGGUGUGGUUUUAAACAGUCACAACUCAUGCGUGUGACAGUCAGCAUGUCUGCUCUCCAUUUGAAGCUGGUGACCACCUUCUGUCUCUGCUGCACGGCCCUGAGCGGCCCAGGGAGCAGCGGAGUGGAGUGGAAAGAUGUUGGAGGAAACGUAACCAUCGGCUGCCGGCCUCCUGGAGAAGGCCAGACGACCCUGAGUCUGUGGAAGAGUGAGGCCCAAAUCUUGUACGUACAUGGCAAAUCAAGAAAAGAAACCAUUGCCUCAGAAUUCUCAGGGAGACUUCAGUUGACUGGAGAAUUCCCCGACAUCGACAUUAUCAUCAAAAACCUGACCUCGGACGACACAGGAGCGUACUGGUGCAAGUACAAUACUGAGCUGGUGCUGGGAAAGGGGUCGGUGCUCCUGGUGGUGACAGAGUCCCCGGACAAUGCGGAGGCGGAGCAAGAGGAGCCCGAGCAGCCGAAGGACUCGCCACAGCCCUCCGCCCCGUCGGGAGAUGCCAACGCUGCCGCGGGCGGCCGGAGAAACCCACCCGGUGGCAAGUCCAGCCUCAUCCUGGGUUGAGACCACCUGUUUUUUUUUUUUUUUUUUGUCUUUGUUUUUCAUUGGAACGCUUUUUUUAUUUUUUAAAAGAUAAAUACCCCUACCACUCUCUUCCUCCUCAUCGACUCGUCACCUUCGUCCUUACUUCUCAUGCACUCUCCGCCGUCACGUCCGUGGACCCCCUCGUCCUUUCCCUCCACCCUCAAACCUUUUGUUUUGAUCCUUUUUUCUAUUAAAAUAAGAAAACUGUUGACAAAAGCACUUUAUGUAUCUCUCUUGCCCUCCCGCCCGUCCCCCCCCCCUCCUCCUCCAUUUCAGCCCAUCCUGUAGUGCAUCGCGCCUGCUGGGAAAGGCAUGACGUUUAGCUUGUCCCUCAUUCCUCCCUCUUGUACAUGGUAAAGGAAAAAAUAAUAAAAAGGAUUUGAUGCGUGGAUUUCUAAAUACAAUAAAGAUUGAUAUGAAUUUGCUGUGA